UGCGUCGUGACAUGAAUGAAAAUACUACUGAAGGCCUAUUUCUAAGUUCCGGAACUCAUGAGAUACAAAAUGGCGUACAUACCAGCUACAUGGGACAUGUACGAUCUGAUACAAGGAGUCUUGCAGGCUCCUUGGUAUCAUAUCGUAUUUGAGGUUGCCCUAAUAGUACUGAUCUUUAAAAUUUACGUAUCUCAAAGCUUUUCUCCAGACAAGACAGUUCUGACAGAUAAGGAGAAGGACAUGCUAGUUGAAGAAUGGGAACCUGAGCCACUAGCCCCACAAGUACCAGAUGAUCAUCCACUGAUCAAGUCUAUGGAGAAAUUUUGCAUUGAAGGACAAAAUGGGAAGUACAUUAAAGUCAAUGGUAAAUCUUGCAUCAACAUGGCCACCUUCAACUUCCUUGGUAUGGUUGGGAGGAAGGAGAUCAGUGAGAGAGCAGUUAAAGCUUUGAGAGUUUAUGGUGUUGGAUCAUGUGGGCCUAGGGGGUUUUAUGGAACUAUGGAUGUACAUCUUGAAUUGGAAGAUGAAAUAGCCAAGUUUAUGAACACUGAGGAAGCCAUUUUGUACUCCUAUGGCUUUGCUACUAUUGCCAGUGCUAUACCUGCCUACUCUAAACGUGGAGACAUUAUAUUUGCUGACGAGAACGUGAAUUUUUCUAUCCAGAAAGGACUAGUUGCAUCUCGUAGUCACAUUAAAUGGUUUAGACACAAUGACAUGGAGCACCUUGAAGCUCUUCUCAUAGAACAGGCCAAGGCUGAUAAAAAGAAUCCUAAGAAGGCAAAAGUUACCAGAAGGUUCAUUGUAGUUGAAGGCUUGUACAUAAACACUGGCAGCAUAUGCCCCCUGCCUAAAUUGGUUGAGCUCAAGUGGAAAUACAAAGUCCGUAUUUUUCUGGAUGAGUGCUUGUCCUUUGGUGUGAUGGGGGACACAGGCAGGGGAGUCACAGAGCACUAUGGUAUUAAUCCUGAUCAACUUGACUUGAUAUCUGGAUCACUUGAGAACUCCAUGGCCUCUGUGGGUGGAUUCUGUGCUGGCAAAAAGUUUAUCAUUGACCACCAGAGGUUGUCUGGCUUGGGCUAUUGUUUUUCAGCAUCUCAGCCUCCCAUGUUAGCUGCUGCUGCUAUUGAAGCAUUGCAUAUUUUACAAGAACGGCCAAGACUUUUGGUUGAUUUGAGAGAAAACUGUGAGAAGGUUCAUGAAAAAUUAAGCAAUAUUUCUGCAUUUGGUGUGAUGGGAGACAAGCGCUCCCCUGUGAAACACAUUUACCUGAAUGAACCAGCUGAUGACAGAGAUUUUGAUGUGACAACUCUGGAACUGGUGGUUGAACAUGCCAUGAAAGAAGGCGUGGCUUUAACUGUAGCUCGAUCUCUGGAACAAGAAGAACAUGUCCUCAUGCCACCCAGUAUUCGACUGACUGUAAAUAGUGAACUAACAGAGGCUGAAAUUAAUAAAGUGGUAAAAGUGAUAUCAGAAGCUUUUGAAGCGGUGUUGAAUAAACAAACAGGAAGCUCCACCAUGUCCAGCCCAAUGGAUUCUGUAAAGCAGGAAGAUGAAAUGAUAGCAUCCAGAUAAAUUAUUUCAUGCAAUGCAUAAUUUUGCCUUAAAAUCAAAGCCCAUCGUUUCACUUGCUCAUAUCCUUAUCCCCGACCAUUCAUUUAACAUUAUUGCACUCUUGAAUUACUUUACAAAUACUUUACAUUGAUAACACAUUACAUGAUAACUAUUAAUUUUAAAAAUGUAUUGUCUGGUUUGUCAAACAAAAUCUCUGCCACUGUUUACUGUCUUAUAAAACCAGUGUGAUGGUUUUGAUACACAAGACAUUCCUUUAUUUCAGGCUGUAUAUAUUUUUCUUGUGAUGCUGUUUAAAUAUCCUUCUAAAUAUCAGGUUUUGUAAACUUUGUCACAUAAGAGUUCUGAACUUAAAAUCUUAAAUUCCUUUGUUUUUGUCCUAUUGCAAUAACUCUUUGACCGAGAAUCGUACUCCUUAAAGGAUCUGCUGAGAUUUUAAUGGGUUUUUAUUUACUUGAGAUUACUCAUCACUGAAUCAAAUAUUAAAUAAUUGAAUAUAAACUUUAUUUGCAAUUUUUUAAAUAAAUUAUUUCCUGUCCUCACAGAUAUUUAGAUUAUGAAAGUUGUGAUUAAUUUAUUACUUCAAUCAAAACUCACUUUUAAAAAAAUUCUUAUUUGGAUAACAUUAUCUGCAUCUCUUGCCCCGUAGUAAAAGUUAAAUACUUAUUUUCUACACACAGCUCACUCAAUCCACAAUACCAGCUGACUUUUUUUUUU